UAGUAGUGCUGUCUUCGGCCUCAGGUACACGUCACCCACUGACCUGGACCAAGGCGGUAACCAAAUCUGAUGUCGCCGGCCACAUCCUCUCUAAAUGCUGAACAUGCAUUACGCGAACCCAGUGCCCAAUAUCAACCUCAAUGCAUACCCUCUUACGGCGCAAGAAACGGAACAGUGCCUCGACUCGCUGCCCAUUUUUCGAGUGGUGGAUCGUUUCCCGAAGUUCACGUAGCACAGUUUCCUCCUGGCCUGGAUCUGGCGCUUUUGAACGCGUUGGACGCGCCUGAUGCAGUAUUGGAGUGUGCGCCCGACAACGUUGCCGAAUCGCAUGAUACCCAGGCUUUAACGAAGCAUUCGAAGCACACGACUUUCUUGCCUACACCACAUGCAGUAUGCGCGCGUCCCACGAUCGAUGAUACAAGUGCCGCGUUAAUUAAGACCAGAGCUUCAAUCCUUGGUAAGAUUGCAAAGAAAGAUAUGCACUUGAAGGUCCAUGCAAAGGCUCAGCCUGAGUUUGUAAAGUACACUCCCUCAAUGCGGAGAGGAGAUACCACUUCUGAAGCCUCCCAUCGUGUGAUAAAACUUCAUGAAGUCCAGAGCGAUCCUCUCGAUCCACCAAAAUUCCGACACAAAAAGGUUCCACGUGGUCCUGGCUCACCUCCAGCUCCUAUCAUGCAUAGCCCUCCCCGUUCGACAAACGCCAAAGAACAAGUUGAUUGGAAGGUCCCUCCUUCUAUUUCAAACUGGAAGAACCCAAAAGGCUACACCAUACCACUAGAUAAACGUCUAGCAGCGGAUGGCAGAGGUUUACAAGAUGUGCAUAUAAAUGAUAAUUUUGCCAAACUUUCUGAGGUAUUAAUACCUGGAUGUCGUGGAAGAGUUCACAAUCACAAUCUGUAUUUGUUUUCUCAACGACGAAAAAACUGA